CACCUUUGCAGAGAUGAUGGGAUGUAUCGGUUUCUCCAAAUUCCAUUUGCCAGAAUUCCUCUUUCGCUUUCCCGAUUAUCUCCCACUGCCUUGACACUGCUGUUGCAUUCGAAGGGGAGGUCGGUCGGUCCGGAGUACGGACCAUGACUGCACUCUCCUCUUCUAUCCCUACUCCCCUCCCGACUCGCCCGGUCUCACCUACGACCCUCGACCCAAGGAGUAUCACCUCACCGGACCAAAUAGCAGCACAAUUGGCCCUGCUAUCCAAGCGGGAGGCCGAUCUGACUUUGGCUCUCAACACGCUAAUAUCUGAUAGGUCAGCUAUCGAUGGGACGAUCUCGCAACUGCAGCGCUUGGGCUUGAGAGUACGGGACCUGAGUGUCGAGGUUGACGGACCCAGCGAAGCCCGCGGCUUGGGAUUGGAGAACGCGACAAGCAAUGGGUAUGGUGACGACGAGUCAGGGCUUGUGGAGAGGGUACGGAGGGUCUGGGAGACAAGCGAGCGCGUAGGAGGCAAAGUCAGAAGGCUGGACGAGGAAGUGGGUAGAGUCAGGGAGGCGACAGAUGUGGUCACGGAGGUUUUGGAACUCAAAAAUGCCUUGCAAACGCUUGCUUCCGCUAUGAGCCAGCAGGAUUGGGAGUCUGCCUCGAGAGCUUGCAAAAGAGCUAUGGACAUACGGUCUGAGGUCAUAAACGGUGGAUAUGCAGGCGCUGUAGUGCCCACACCUCAACAGCCUCUCCCGCCUGCUCAAUUCCUCGAAGAGUCGCGAGCGACUUUACUGCAGACCUUCAGAAGCGAGUUUGACGCCGCUGCUGUUCGCAAGGAUGAGCAAGGCGUGUCUCGAUACUUCAGAUUAUGGCCGGGGAUCGGGGCAGAGAAGGAAGGACUGGAGGCGUACGGAGAUUUUGUUGUCGGCUUAGUCAAGGCAAGGUCUUCAAACCCUGGCAAAGCCUCAAACCCUCUAUACUAUCUCACUUCUCUCACAUCCCUGCUCGAAUCCAUCGCCCAUAUUAUUGACCAGCAUCAACCUGUCGUUGACAAGUACUACGGUCAAGGUCAUAUGCGGACAGUCGUUGGUCGACUGGUAGCAGAAAGUGAUCGAGUCAUCAGGAACCUAGUGGAGGGCUGGGAAGAAGAACGGAGAGUCGGGAGACUGAUUUCCGAGACAAAGCAGUCUCGAUUUAGCCUCCUGCAAUCUCCACAGUUGUGUCCGCCUCUUUUUGCGUCCUUACACACCUCCACCAAUCAGCUGUCGCUGUCCUCUCUUGCCACGACCAAUCUCACUUCCGCCUCCAAUCUUCUUCAAUCAUACGCUCCUGGAGCAAAGAAGCCCGCUCCAUCAGGCGGCAGCGGGACCCCUGUCGGUCUCGAUGAUGAGCACUCGGGUCCGGACCCAAGGGAUGUUGACAAGGUCUUGGGCGAAUUAGUGGCUCUGGGUGGCCGGUGGGCUCUAUUCAAGCGAUUUGUCAAUGGUCGCAUCGUUGUGGAUAGCGAUGUUGGGAUUGAAGAGGAUUCUGCAAAGGAUGCUGCUGCAUCGAGUGAGAAACCGGAGACGGUGAACCAAAGCAGCGAGAUGGCUGUGAUCGAACAGUCUGGCAGUCAGCAAGCCAUCGAAAAUCUGCUCAGAGUCUACUACGAGCCUCUAGAGGUUUGGUAUCUCCGCAGCAGUAUCGAGAAAGCUCACCGCCUUGAGACGCCGGAAGCAUCGGCUCGGCCUUGCGUGUCUUCCGUUCUGGAUGACACGUUCUACCUGCUCAAGGUGGUAUUGAACAGGCUCUUGUCAUGCGGAUCCCUUUCGACCUUGCAUUCCAUGCGAGACAAGAUCGCGACGGUCAUCGAACAUGACUAUGCGUAUAUCAUCAGACAUAAGAUGGAAGCUGUUUAUGCUGGAGCGGCCUCAAGCAUCCAGGAACGAGGAGCAGAAAAGGACAAGCGGGACAAGGAUCAGCGACUGGCUUUCGUAAUCUAUUUGAACGAUUUUGACGUCUCUGCCGAUUACACAGAGAGGUUAUUGGAGGAGACGCUCCACAGCUUGCCUCAAGUCUUCCUGGACAGCGAGAUUGCCCUGGUCAAGGAGGAGCUGGGCCUUCUAGGAAGUCUGAGCAAUCGCUUCAAGUCUCUAUGCAGGACUGGCCUCGAGCAGCUAUUCAAUCAGCUCACAAGGCCUCGUCUGCGCGGCAUCCUCGAUGACUGUUAUCGUGAUGUUUCUUAUCAUCUUGACGAGGAUGCAUUUGCAGCUGCAGAGGAGGAUCAGUUCGUGCGAAAGCGAUUCACGAGGGCAUGGGAAGGACUGAUGGAUGGGUAUAAGGAUUCAUUCACGGACAACAAUUACCAAGCUUUCUUCAAUAUGACAGUGGAAAUAUUGGUCCGUCCAUGGGAGAAGAUGAUCCUUAGUAUGCGGUUUACAGAGCUGGGUGGCAUACGUUUUGAGCGAGAUGUUCGAGCCAUCAUCAAUUACCUUUCAUCUCAGACUAAUUUUGGAGGAGCCAGAGAAAAGUUUGUCAGAUUACAGCAAAUCGCCACGGUGCUCAACAUGGACGCAGAGGAAGAUCCAGAAGAGUUUUACUCAAACUCGGGCAUCUCUUGGCGAUUGAGCAAAUCGGAGUACAUCGGUGUCGUGGAGCAGAGGAAAGCAUGAUGAGCUAGAGAUACAUCUGCAUGAAACGCGUAGC